GUCUCGUCAUCCUUUACUUCCUUGACGUUCAAUGUGACUUUUUCUGAUCAGCGAAGACAUUGAUAGCAAAUUUUCAUUGUCGCUUGAGACGUUUCGGUGCAAAUUGCAACUUUCUUUUAAAUGGCCAAUUAUAUCGCUCGAGUUGGACCUCGAAUUCAUUCUGCCUUAGGCAAGUGGGCAUACAAUUUGUCUGGAUUCAAUCAGUACGGUCUCCAGCACAACGAUUGUCUGUAUGAAACCGCAGAUGUGCAGGAAGCGGUCCGUCGUCUACCAAAUAAACUAUACGAUGAACGUAACUUCCGCAUUAAGCGCGCAUUGCAUCUUUCAAUGACCAAAACUAUUCUACCGAAAAAUGAAUGGACCAAGUACGAGGACGAUGUCAAAUACUUGGAACCAUAUUUGGAUGAAGUAGUUAAGGAGCGGGAGGAACGAGAAGAUUGGGCGAAGAACCAGUAAUUUAUGAAUUGUGUAAGAGAAUGUGUUGGCUAAAUAAAAAUUAGUGUCAUUGGAAAACCGGUUAGUUAGAGUUGAAA